ACGCAAAGCGCGGGCGUGUGCACCCUUAAUCACCAAACCACCCCGAGUCCUCCCACGCUGCCAUAUAAAGCUCAGCGCGCUCGCAGAGUCCCCGCUGCCCACUCGUAUUUCGAGGCUUCACCACGAACAACACGUCGCCGGCAUGUCGGUCAACCCAACUGCCAUCAACGUCAACGACCCGACUCUGAUUACGCUUGUGAACAAGCUUCAGGAUGUCUUCACCACCGUAGGGGUCCAAAACCCCAUAGAUUUGCCCCAGAUUGCCGUCGUAGGAUCGCAGUCGAGCGGAAAGAGUUCGGUGCUGGAGAACAUUGUCGGUCGUGACUUUCUUCCUCGGGGAACCGGUAUCGUCACGCGAAGACCGCUCAUUCUACAGCUCAUCAAUCGCCAAUCGUCGAAACAGGCAAAUGGCGUCAAGGAAGAGAUCAAGACGUCGGAUGCAGAAUCCAACGUGGACGAGUGGGGCGAGUUCCUCCACAUCCCUGGUCAGAAGUUCCACGACUUCAACAAGAUACGAGACGAGAUUGUGCGCGAGACCGAGUCCAAGACGGGUCGCAAUGCUGGUAUCUCUCCCGCGCCCAUCAACCUGAGGAUAUACUCGCCAAACGUUCUCACGCUCACGCUCGUCGAUUUACCGGGUCUCACAAAGGUGCCCGUUGGUGACCAGCCGCGCGAUAUUGAGCGCCAGAUCCGCGAAAUGGUGUUGAAGCAGAUCAGCAAGCCCAACGCCAUUAUACUUGCUGUCACGGCAGCGAACACGGAUUUGGCCAAUUCGGACGGUCUGAAGCUGGCGCGAGAAGUGGACCCUGAGGGUCAGCGAACAAUCGGUGUGCUCACAAAGGUCGACUUGAUGGAUGAAGGAACCGACGUCGUGGACAUCUUGGCUGGGCGCAUCAUUCCCCUGCGGUUGGGCUACGUACCUGUCGUAAACCGAGGGCAAAGGGAUAUCGAAAAUAAAAAGGCGAUUUCAUCUGCCCUGGAGCACGAGCGGCAGUUCUUCGAGAACCACAGGGCGUACAAGAACAAGGCCGCCUACUGCGGUACACCGUAUCUGGCGCGCAAGCUCAACUUGAUCCUCAUGAUGCACAUUAAGCAAACACUCCCCGAUAUCAAAGCGCGUAUCUCCUCCUCUCUCCAGAAAUAUUCCGCCGAACUCGCGUCACUGGGCGAUUCGCUACUGGGGAACAACUCGAACAUCGUCCUGAACAUGAUCACGGAGUUCAGCAACGAGUACCGCGGCGUUCUCGAUGGCAACAACCAAGAGCUAUCAGCGUCCGAGCUUUCCGGUGGCGCUCGUAUCUCCUUCGUCUACCACGAACUGUACGCCAACGGUGUGAAAGCUGUGGAUCCUUUCGACCAGGUCAAGGAUGUUGAUAUCCGCACUGUGCUCUACAACUCGUCCGGUUCUUCACCUGCGCUUUUCGUUGGCACUACCGCUUUUGAGCUUAUCGUGAAGCAGCAGAUCAAGCGUUUGGAAGAUCCCUCGUUGAAGUGUGUCAGCCUGGUCUACGAUGAAUUGAUCCGCAUCCUCGGCCAGCUUCUUAACAAGCCAACCUUCAGGCGGUACCCAGGCCUCAAGGAGAAGCUUCAUCAGGUUGUCGUCAUGUUCUUUAAGAAGGCCAUGGAUCCCACAAACAAGCUCGUCAGGGAUCUCGUCGCCAUGGAGUCGUGCUACAUCAACACUGGUCACCCAGACUUCAUCAAUGGAUCUCGCGCGAUGGCAAUCAUACACGAGCGACAUAACGCAAGCAAGCCUCAACAGGUCGACCCUAAGACAGGGAAGCCUUUGCCUCCGGCAGUGCCGCCGCGGGCGUCAAGCCCAAGCUUGGGCCUAGAUGGUGGCGAAGGUGGUGGUUUCUUCGGCAGCUUCUUCGCUAGCAAGAACAAGAAGAAGAUGGCAGCUAUGGAGCCACCGCCAUCAACGCUCAAGGCGAGCGGUACGCUGAGCGAGAAGGAAGUGCAGGAGGUCGAGGUUAUCAAACUUCUCAUUACCUCGUACUUCAACAUCGUCCGCCGCACCAUGAUCGACAUGGUGCCCAAAGCCAUCAUGCUUAACCUCGUUUCGUGGACAAAAGAGGAGAUGCAGCGCGAGCUGCUCGAGAACAUGUACAAGACGGAGGAGCUCGAUGAUUUGCUGAAGGAGUCUGAGUACACUGUUAGGCGGCGCAAGGAGUGCCAGCAGAUGGUGGAGUCGUUGGGCAAGGCAAGCGAGAUCGUUAACCAGGUGCAAUAGAGGUACGCAGAUUCGGAAGUGUCUGCACCUGGAAUGCGUAAUGCUUAAGUCGGCUUUGUGGAGAGUGAGCAUAUACAGCAGCUGUGUGGUGUCGUUUGGUGGUUUGGGACCAAUGGGGGAUGGGUCGUCGUGUGCGUACUGCGUGCAGAGCAUAGAUGGAUAAGACGAGCGGUUCGGCAGGCAUGCUGAGAUAGAUAUACCAAUUCUUGUC